ACCGCGCCACCGCCAUCUUCCUCCUCGCCGCGAUCUCGUGUGCUUCACGUGCCUAAGACUAAUUACAGGUUCGUUUUAACAGUUUCCCGCAGUUCUUGUUCUUAAAUUUACUUGUUAGAACUCAGAAAUUUGUGCUGAAGUGAAAAUGAAUGCAGAGAAGUUGGCAAAACUGCAAUCUCAGGUCAGGAUCGGGGGCCCUGGCACUGCUCGCAGGAAGAAGAAAGUUGUCCACCGUACAGCCACCACUGAUGACAAGAAGCUGCAGAGCUCCUUGAAAAAGCUGACCGUCAACAACAUCCCUGGCAUUGAGGAAGUGAACAUGUUCAAGGAUGACGGAACAAUCAUCCACUUCAACAACCCAAAAGUACAGGCUUCUUUAGCGGCCAACACUUUUGCCAUCACCGGCCAUGCUGAACACAAACCCAUCACUGAUAUGUUGCCAGCCAUCCUCAAUCAAUUGCCAACUGAAAGUUUGGCACACUUGAAGGAAAGGAUAGUAGGAGCAUCUGCUGGUGGACAAGGUGCGUCAUCGGCAACAUUGCCCACAACCGAAGAAGAUGAUGAAGUUCCCGAUCUUGUGGACAAUUUCGACGAACCCAGCAAGAAGGAGGCGCCCACUGUCGAGACGAAAUCGACAGCUGAAGUCAAAGUAGCUGAAACUCCUGCUGCGACAACCGCCGAACCAGUCAAAGCUGCUGAGACUCCCAAAGCAGAAGAAUAAUGAUAAAGGACGGACUACCGGCAACAACAUGAAGGAUGCAGUCGGAACAAGCAGGCACCAGCGAAAGGAAAAUCAACUCCCGACUGUUUCUAUUUUUUCUCUCCUCCCUUCACUUUUUUAGAUUUUUUUUUCU